UUCCGGAGUUACAUCUGUACUUUUUAUGGCGUUUCCUCUUCGUGUCUAAGAGUGCUUCAUUUCCAUUUCCUCUUCUGGAUAAAAUGGAUGAAAACAAUGCGGCAAAGUUAACCGGAAUCAAGCAGAUUGUGAGGCUAAAGGAGAUUCUGCAAAAAUGGCAAACGGUCACGAUUGGGUCAAAGUCAGAUGAUACCGAGUUGGGAGCUAGAAAGCACACAGCCAUCAUUUCACCUGUUAUCAACAAGAGGCUAUUGGAUUUGAAGACUUGUGACUCCGACGAGGAAACUUGCCAAAGUCCUGAGCCACCACCUGAUGUCCCUAAAGGGUAUUUGGCGGUUUAUGUUGGACCUGAGCUCCGGAGAUUUAUAAUACCCACAAAUUUUCUAAGCCACUCUCUGUUCAAGGUCUUGUUGGAGAAGGCUGAGGAAGAAUACGGCUUUGAUCACAGCGGAGCGUUAACCAUACCUUGCGAGGUCGAGACUUUCAAGUUCUUACUUAAGUGCAUUGAGAACCAUCCUAAAGAUGACACCACAGCUCGAGAUUCAUUAGAAACGGAAGAGUAAAUAACAAGUCACAUAUAAAAUUCUUUCUAUUCUGUUAUAUUACCAUUCUCUUUUUAACUUGUAUUAGUGCUGAUGACCCGUAAUGGCAAUUAUCAGUUUUUCUUUGUAUUUUCCUGAUUUUAAUUUGUCUUCUUCUUCUACUUCUCCAUUGUUUGUUUUUGUGUGAAAAGGAAGAGAAGAGAUGAUAUGUUAAAAAUUGAGGAAUUGAUGGUCAAGGAAUCAGUGUGA